UCUUAGGUGGAAACAAUCAUCGAUUUGGUUACGAGCUCAAAUCAAAUAGAAUUGAAUUCUCACAAAUUCAGGAAUCAAUGGCUAUCGGAGAGCUCUUAAUCGCCGCUUCAAUCAAGUUUCUAUUUGAGAAGUUGGCCACUUUAGCCGCCGGCGAGCUGUCGAACUUUGCACGCGGCUUCGGCGGAGAGCGGCGAAUUCGUACUCUGUUGACGAAAUGGAGCACAACUUUGGAAGAAAUUGAGGCAGUUCUCGUUGAUGCUGAUGAGAAGCAAGUCACCGAAAGAGGUAUUAAGAUUUGGCUUGAAGAUCUUCAGGACUUGGCUUAUGACGUCGAUGACAUACUCGACGAGUUCUCCACCGAAGCUUUGCGACCUAAGUCGAUGAUCACUACCAAGGUACGUGCACUAAUUCCAACCAAGAUUGUCAAAUUAGAUGAGAUCACUACCCGAUUCCAAGAUCUUUUGGAACGUAGAACUGUGCUCGGCUUGCAAAAGGUGGGUAGUAGUAGUAAUGCAGGGACAUCUGCUAAAGCUUGGCAAAGACCACCCACCACAUGUUUGAUGAAUGAACCUAGUGUAUAUGGGAGGGAUGAGGAUAAAAAGAAGAUAAUUGAGUUGCUCUUACUAGGUGUUGAGGAGUCGAGCAAUUGCAAUAUUGGGGUAGUUCCGAUUGUGGGUAUGGGUGGGGUUGGCAAGACCACCCUUGCUCAGAUGGUGUACAAUGAUGACAUGGUCGGGAAGCACUUUGAAAUAAAAGCAUGGGUUUGUGUCUCUGAAGAUUUCGAUAUUACACAAGUGACAAAAGCAAUUUUGGAGUCCGUCACUUCCUAGCCUUGCAAUUUUGGUACCUUGGAUCAAGUCCAAGUCCAACUAAAGCAGAUUUUGGAUGGGAAAAAGUUCUUGAUUGUUUUAGAUGAUUUUUGGAACAAAAAACACAGUGAUUGGAGCAGUUUGAAGAGCCCUUUCAACGAUGGAGCCCGAGGAAGUAAAGUCAUGGUAACAACACGUAACACAGAU